UCACAACAUAGAAUGAAGAAGAAGAAGAAGAAGAAAGUGUAAAUAAAUAGGAGGUGUAAAUAACACGUCAACCAUACAGUUUUUAUUCAUACAGCUGUUAUCUUUUUGGGAAGAGCUUUUAUUUUAUGAAAUCAGAUUUUGCGCCAAUUGAAGCAACAAAAUCCCAUCUACUGCAAUGUCCCUCGAGAAUGGUUCAAUCCGGAAGCGAAAACUUUCGCUCGAGAACCACUUGGCAACUGAUUCGGAAGGUAACAGUUCGUCGGACCCAAAUCGCCGGGUAGCGCUGAUUACCGGCAUAACUGGGCAGGAUGGAUCCUACCUGGCGGAGUUCCUAUUAAAGAAAGAAUAUGAAGUUCACGGCAUUAUACGACGGGCAAGUACUUUCAACACCUCGAGGAUUGAGCACCUGUAUGCGGAUCCGCAUAGCCACAAACAGGGAAAAAUGAAGCUGCAUUAUGGUGACAUGACGGACAGUAGUUGCCUGGUUAAGAUCAUAUCCAGCGUACGUCCUACGGAAAUAUACAACCUGGCCGCUCAAAGCCACGUCAAGGUGUCAUUUGAUCUCAGCGAGUACACGGCGGAAGUGGAUGCUGUGGGUACGUUAAGAUUGUUGGAUGCAAUUCGAACUUGUGGGCUGGAAAAGGCAGUUAGAUUUUACCAGGCCAGUACCUCUGAACUGUACGGGAAAGUGGUGGAAACUCCGCAGAAUGAAAAGACCCCAUUUUAUCCGCGGUCCCCGUAUGCCUGCGCCAAGAUGUACGGAUACUGGAUUGUGAUCAACUAUCGGGAAGCUUACGAUAUGUUUGCCUGCAAUGGUAUCCUGUUUAAUCACGAAUCGCCCCGACGAGGAGAGAAUUUUGUCACAAGAAAAAUUACCCGAUCGGUUGCGAAGAUAUCCCUGAAUCAGAUGGAGUGUUUGGAGUUGGGUAAUUUGGAUUCAAAGCGCGACUGGGGCCACGCACAGGACUACGUGGAGGCUAUGUGGAUGAUGUUACAGCAAGAGCAACCGCAGGACUAUGUGAUUGCUACGGGGGAGUGUCACUCGGUGAGAGAAUUCGUGGAAGAAUCGUUCAAACAUAUUGGCCGUGAGAUCGAGUGGCGAGGAACGGGAUUGGAGGAGGUGGGGGUAGAAAAAGGAACCGACACUAUUCGCAUCCGAAUCAACCCGAAGUUUUUCCGCCCGACGGAGGUAGAUUUCUUGCUGGGUGAUGCCAGUAAGGCCAAACGGGAACUUGGAUGGGUGCCGAAGGUGACAUUUUUGCAGCUGGUUGCCGAUAUGAUGGCCGCCGAUAUUGACCUUAUGAAAAAGAAUCCAAAUGCUUAGAGGACCUUAUUUUCUGUGUUGCGAUCCAGUGUCGCGAAAUAUAACAGCCUUUCAUGUUACGACAUUCCUUUGUAAAGUUGUACUGAGCAUAUGAUGUUUUAAAAGUAUUUUUUGGCUUAAUAUCUAAGACAAACCCCGUCACGACACUUCGUUCGUUGGGAAUAUACGUCGAUAAAAAAGUCCGUUCACAAAUUACGUACUAUAGAGGUAUAAUUUCAACAUAAAUCAAAACCCUGACUAUCCGCACUCUACAACUUAACGUAACAAGUGAACGGGCAAAACAAUUAGUUCUUAGGGCCGAUGUCCACGUAGCGUUUUUACAAGUUGCGUACCUUGCAUGGACGCGGCGUGCACGCAGCUUAAAAACCCGAUACGUGAACAUCAACUCUUAAAAUGCACAUAGGAAGUGAACACGUAAAAAAACCCUUUCAGGAAAAGGUGUUUAACAUCACUAUUAUAGUGUUCCAGUUCCUAUUUUAUAUUAUUUUAAGGCUUUCUUUCGAUCCUAAAUUAGUUAAAUAAGUACGAUUGGAUUAUAUUGUGUAUAGUUUUAAAACACUUUCACUGUGUUAUUUUGUUUCAGUGUAAUAAGUAGCACAGCAACUUUUUAUGUGGAAAUAAAUCAAUUAUGCCAGAUUAAGAAACAA